GAGGCAGCAGCGCUCACGCAUAACGGUCUGAGCAACUACGAGUGACUACUGACUUCAGCGGCACUCAUCACUGUUUCAGAUCAUUUGCACAUUCCCGAAGAAUUUUCGGGACUCGUCGAUUAAGUGAACUCCUCUGCUGGAUAAGAUGGCCGCAUCUGGAUUACAGCUCCUCGGCUUUUUUCUCUCACUGGUCGGAGUCGCUGCCACUGCUGCCGCCACUGUUAUGGUGGACUGGAAGAAACUGGUCCAGGGCAAGCACCGCUCCUAUGAGGGCUUAUGGAUGUCCUGUGGUGGAGUCCAAGACAGAGCCACCUGUGAAAUUUACCAUUCCUUUAUCAAACUGCCAGAUGAGAUUCAAGCAACCAGGAUAGCGUUGCCACUCAGCCUCUUCCUCUCUGCUCUGGCAAUGCUCGUCUCCACAGUGGGGAUGAAGUGCACCCACUUCAUGGACGGUGCCUCGCAGAGCAAAUCUGUGACAGCAAUGAUUGGAGGAAUCAUGUUCAUGCUCUCAGGUUUAUUGACCAUCAUCAUCACCUCCUGGUUUGUCAAAGUUGUUCUUCAGAACUUUUAUGAUUCCCCUCCUCUAAUCAGAUCUGAGUUUGGUAAUGCCGUGUUUGUGAGCUGGGCCGGUGGACUCCUCACUCUGACUGGCGGUGCUUUCCUGAGCUGUCGCAGAUGCGCGACCACGUCCUCAAUGUCCAUAAGCUCCAGCCGCCUGCUUCCCACCAGUGAUCCAAAGUCCAACUACGUCUAGUUGAAGAAAAAACUUUCUACAGUCACUGAAUAACGAGGUCUUAUCAGGAUCGGUCGUCGUGUGUUUUUUCCCCGGUGUAAAGAUGUGAAGGUUCAACAUUUAAAUUUCUUCUGUAAUUACAGAUUUAUGUUUGUGAAGGACCCUGCCAUCCUGCUGUACACUUAUAAAGUCAUCAAGUUUAUAAUAAGCUUUAAAGAAGAUUUGCUUUCAUAGUUUGAAGUGUGGCCAUAAAGUGCAGACGGUGUACUUUCUGUUGUACUUUGUAGAUCUGUUUGUGUGUGUAAAGUAUGUUCAUUUUGGAACUUGUCAUUUUUUUUUAUUGUUUGCAUAAUUAAAUAAAAAAAUUUUUUUGUUUUUUU